GCGUCUCUGCAGGAAUGUUACAACUUGAAACCUUUCUUUGUAUUGAACAAACGUCGUACUAAAAUACCAGUUGUUAUAAAAAAAAAAAAAAAUUGAACUACCAGCAGAAAAGAGGGGAGAGUAAAACAGAUUGAGUUUUUUUUUUUUCCUGUAUUGGUUUGCCCUUUAUUGUCCACUGAUGCAGGAAUGUGAAGGAUGCUCUGCGUCCACCUGAUACUGCUCUGCGCCCGGGGGAGGGUCUCUCCAGUCUCCGCUCUGCCAUAACUCGGCCCAGCUCUGGCAGGCGGACACGCAUCCUUUGAGAGAUCUACUGGAAACAUGAUCACUAAGGGAGCCUAAACGCAUUCCUCGGCUCCGGUCAGACGACUCGACAUCUUCAUGUGCCCAGCGCUAUUCUCCAAAGACCAGACGAGCGAGGAGAGGAAGAAGAGAGGAGAGGAGACGGAGCGUCGGGUACAACAACAACAAGCGGGAGCCGACAUCAUCAGCCGCUGCAGCGUGAGCGACGAGGUCAUCAUAAAGCUACGGUCCUCUGUUGAUCCGAAGCCCCGAGAAUUCUGAAAAACAUUCCGGGACUGCCGUUAUCCCGACUCGUCUCUUCAUUCAUACUUUUGGUAACUUCCAGGAUGUGAUGAAGAUUUAGGGAAGAAAAUCUCCCCAGUAAAUCACAAAGACAAGCAGCUCGAAUCACAUGAUUGCUAUGGAGUGACGGGUCACAGCAGCUCUGAGUGGAACUUGACCAUGGUGUUGUUUCUGAUUGGAUCCUCCAUCACUGUCAACAAUUCAUCUCAUGACAACCGAACUGCAGAAAACCCCACCCACCACGGUGAUCACGUCCUGCCCUCGACGCUGAUCAUAUCCCUGCUUCUUAUCAUUGUUGUCCUGCUAACAAUCUACUGCCUGAGGUUUAAAAACCACAGGAAAGCCCUGGUCACAUCCGUGGAUAAGAAGAUUCCAAAUGGCUUCUUGGAGGAACAAGGAGAGCAGACAGUGGUCCUCCUCCCUAGAUCUCCCUCGCCGUCCAAGAGAUACUUCCCGAUCCCUCUGGACUCGCUGGAGGAGGAGUACCGGAUACGCUCCGCAGAUGACGGCAAACUCUUCAGAGAGGAGUUCAAUUCACUGCCAUGUUACUACCACCAUGGGUCCUUUGAGGAGGCGAGCAGAGAGCACAACAGAGAGAAAAACAGAUACCCAAACAUUUUACCAUACGAUCAUUCCAGGGUGAUACUCAGUCAGCUCGAUGGACAUCUGUGCUCAGACUACAUAAAUGCCUCUUACAUUGAUGGAUAUAAAGAGAAGAACAAAUUCAUCGCAGCUCAAGGUCCCAAGCCUGAGACAUUGGCUGAUUUCUGGCGAAUGAUUUGGGAGCAAAAAACCACAACGAUAGUGAUGCUGACAAAUUUGAAAGAAAGAAAGGAGGAGAAAUGCUGCCAGUACUGGCCGGAAAAAGGCUGCUGGAUGUACGGAAAUAUCCGCGUGGCGACUGAAGACGUCAUUGUGCUGGUGGACUACACCAUCAGAAAGUUCUGUGUUCAAUACGUAAGUGAAAAUCAAGGUAUAGACUUGUGCUGGUUACUAGAAGUGAAUGAUGACUUAAAAUGAGCGUCACUUUAGAAACAAGUUAUAUCCCAAGUUUUCAAACUGAUUUUUCUCUUUAGAUGUUAUGUGGUGUAAAACAGCUAUUUGUUUUCCCUAUCUUCUUCAUUUAUGCAAAUGCAAAACCAAGAGUAAAAAAGUUUCCUAGUCGGAAAAAUGAAUAUUUUAGACGUAAAACAUUAAAAGGGUACAGAUGGCAGAAACGGGAUAUGUCAUCAAUAAAUAAGCGUAUUUCAGCAAACAAUAAACAACGCCGUAAUGUUCCGAGUUUAUCGCUACUUGAUCCUCAGGAAUCCACGCGCAUUUUGAAGGUGUGUUUGUUUCUUUUUCCCUUUUUUGAUUGCCAAGUCGGAUGUCUGCUUGGUGUGCUGCGAAGCUUUCACAUUUCAAAAUUCACUUUGUUCCUUCUCCGUCUGAAGCCAGACAAGCGCAGAAAUCCUCUCCGACUCAAAAAAAAAAAAAAAAAA